AUGGAAACAAUCGAGCCUGGUUCAAUCGACCUCUAUCUCACUUUAAAUGCCCGAGACGGCGACUCUUCGAAGUUCAUGUGGUUCGGCGGCAAUCAAUUCCUUCAGUUUAUGGAAACUGGAGAGGGAAUCAACAUGUGGCUGUUGAACCUCCCCGGAAUCACAGUUCCCUUCACCUGUUACAAUUUUGAACUGAACGAUGAUGUCGGAGUCUCAAACUUCAUUGAUAAUAUCCCCACUGGAAUGUUUGUAGCUAUCAUGGUCAUUGGACCCUUGAAGCAGCCAUCUCCAGUGUUGCGCAGAGCAUUUAGUAAGCUUGGAGGAACACAAAUUACAAAUGUAACUCCCACCGAUAUCAACUAUUGCCUUAUUGGUAACAAGGGACUGGCACCAGGGACUGCCUCCGAGGCGUUUGGAAACUACAAUGAUUCUCCUGUUAUUGUCACCAGGGCAGUCAAUUCCCUCAAUGAGAAGAGCAGAGAAAUCAAUGUUAGGUACCGACCCAGCAGCAGAGGAUUGCCUCAUUCCUUA